GCCAGAGGUGCUUGAGGGCCAGAGGUUGCCCUGAGAUUUGAUUGAUCAAGUACACAACAUUUGGAUGCAAUGGUCAAAAUUCAUCACAAAUGAUCUCAUUGUGGUUUUCCAUUUUGCAGUUAGCCAAGGUCUUAUAAAGUUUAAUUCGAAGCAACAGUACUGUUUGACCUCAGAAUGCAUUGAAGCUGCUGCUGGCAUCCUAAGCAAGAUAAAUCAAUCUGUAGAUCCAUGUGAGAACUUUUAUCGAUUUGCAUGUGAUGGCUGGAUAUAUAAUCACCCUAUUCCUGAAGAUAUGUCAAACUACGGUGUUUAUCCUUGGCUGCGACACAAUGUGGACCUCAAACUAAAGGCAUUGCUUGAGAAACCCAUCAGCAAAAGACGAGACAGUGAAGCUGUACAGAAGGCCAAGAUCCUUUAUGCAUCCUGCAUGAAUGAGAAUAAAAUUGAAAAAGCCGACGUGAAACCCCUGUUAAGUAUACUGAGGCACUCACCUUUCCGCUGGCCUGUGCUGGAAUCCAACAUUGGACCUGAAGGGCUGUGGUCAGAAAGGAGGUUUAGCUUAGUCCAAGCCUUGGCAACUCUUCGUGGUCAAUACAGCAACUCUGUCUUCAUCCGUUUAUAUGUGGCUGCUGAUGACAAAAUCUCCAAUCGGUAUAUCCUGAAGCUUGACCAAGCAAGCCUCUCUCUGGCAUCUCAAGAGGAUUACCUAGAAAACACCACAGAAGCCAAAUCUUACCGAGAUGCCUUUUUGCAGUUCAUGGUUGAUACAGCGGUGCUUCUGGGUGCAAAUGCUUCACGAGCUGAAUCUGACAUGAAGUCGGUUCUAAGAUUGGAAGUCAAAAUAGCUGAGAUCAUGAUUCCAUAUGAAAAUCGAACAAGUGAGGUGAUGUACAAUAAAAUGAACAUAUCGGAGCUUAGUGCCAUGAUUCCACAGUUUGACUGGCUGGGAUACAUCAAGAAGGUGAUUGACACCAGACUCUACCCUGAGCUCAAAGAUAUAGGUCCUUCAGAAAAUGUGAUUGUCCGUGUUCCCCAGUACUUCAAAGAUUUAUUCAGGAUACUAGAAAAUGAAAGAAAAAAGACUCUUGCCAACUAUCUGGUGUGGAGGAUGGUUUAUUCAAGAUUAUUUAACCUCAGUAGACGUUUUCAGUAUCGGUGGCUGGAAUUUUCUCGGGUGAUCCAUGGAACCACAACUUUGCUGCCUCAGUGGGAUAAAUGCGUGGACCUUGUUGAAAAUGCACUCCCUUAUGUUGUGGGUAAGAUGUUUGUGAAUGCCCAUUUUCAAGAAGACAAGAAAGAGAUGAUGGAAGAGCUGACUGAAGGAAUUCGCUGGGCUUUUAUUGACAUGUUGGAAAAGGAAAAUGACUGGAUGGACUCUGAAACGAAAAGAAAAGCUUAUGAGAAGGCAAAAGCAGUUAUGGCAAAAGUGGGUUACCCUCAAUUUAUAAUGAAUGACACAUAUAUUAAUGAAGACAUCAAAACACUGAAGUUUACAGAAAGUGACUAUUUUGGCAAUGUGUUGCAAACUCGCAAAUAUGCAGCCCAAUCUGAUUUCUACUGGCUUAGAAAAGAAGUUCCAAAAACAGAGUGGUUUACAAGCCCAACUACUGUGAAUGCUUUUUAUAGUGCAUCUACCAACCAGAUCAGAUUCCCAGCAGGAGAACUUCAAAAGCCUUUCUUUUGGGGAAGAGAGUAUCCUAGGUCGUUAAGCUAUGGUGCCAUAGGAGUAAUUGUUGGCCAUGAGUUUACUCAUGGAUUUGAUAGCAAUGGUCGGAAAUAUGACAAAAAUGGAAAUUUAGACCCUUGGUGGACAACUGACUCUGAAGAAAAAUUUAAAGAGAAAACAAAAUGCAUGAUUAAUCAAUACAGCAAUUACUACUGGAAGAGAGCUGGCUUACAUGUGAAAGGCAAGAGGACUUUGGCAGAAAACAUUGCAGAUAAUGGCGGUUUGCGGGAGGCUUUCAGGGCAUACAGGAGAUGGAUUGCAGAAAAGAGGGGAGGAGAAGAGGAGCCUUUACUGCCAGGCCUUGAGUUCACACACAACCAGCUUUUCUUCCUGAGUUAUGCCCAUGUAAGAUGCAACUCUUUUAGACCAGAAUCUGCGAGAGAGCAAAUAUAUAUUGGAGCUCACAGCCCUCCUCAGUUCAGAGUUAUUGGUGCCAUGAGCAACUUUGAAGAGUUCCGUAAAGCUUUCAAUUGCCCAACAAACACAAUGAUGAACCGAGGGGCAGAAUCCUGCCGGCUGUGGUAGACAUCUCUUCCAGGUCUUCUGUCAAGAGGGGUCUGCAAUGUGAACUGCUGCAACUGAGCUCAGGAGUUUGAGAAUAACAUUCUGCAAUCUGGAGAGGUGUUACUUCAAAUGCAUCUUUCGUAUCCAUGAUGAUGACCUGCAUGGAUCUAAUCACUCUCUAUUCAGAGCCUAGAAACAUUCAAAAUAGAAAAUGAUAGGUUUUCUUUACUAAUAACAAAAAAAAAAGAAACUCCUUUUAUCUAUAAAACUACUCCUGCUCAUCUGCAGUUGCAUUGCUGUUGAUGGAUAACUGCCAUUAUCAAUUCUAAUUCCUGAUUUACUGUUGAGCAAGAGGUAAAUGCUAAAAUCCAGUUUUAAUCUAUUGCUCUGCAGGGGUGCUAUGGAGAAUGCUCCUACACAAAAUUUAUUUUUUUGGGAUGAAGAAAUUCAUGAGACCUACUAUAAAGCCAGCUCUGAUCUGCUUUGUGAUACAGCAUUUUCAUAACUUAAACUGUCACUGCCCAGCAUGCCAUAAAUGAUGUUGCAUGAUGUAAAGACACAAGACUUCAUAUAAAUUCAGUUUAAUAUGUCAGAUUAGUGCCUCAGGUUUUGGAAUGGUUCCAAGAUGAGAAAGCACUUCAUGUUUUCCAUCUGCUACGACUAAACAAAAAGGAUACUUGUCAGAUCGUGGCCUCUUCUAAUUUUAGAACAGCUUAUGAUAAAAAUCAAUGUAUGGUGAAAAUCAGAGGCUUGCAGAGGGAAUUCCCAGCACCAUGAUACUCUGAAAUAUUACAGCACUUUUUCCUGUUUACAGUGUAGGCAGUUUUUUCCCCAAAGGGUAAUUUUUUGCCUUGUGCUGAAGGUAGCUUCACCUAGACUUAUUUUUAAGCCUGAAAUACUAUGUAAGUUUUAAUCUAGGGAUUUCUUAGUGUCUGGGUCUUACAGAGAAAUGUAAGUAUUGCGUAUGUUUGUCCUCAUGUUCUGGACAGCUCAGGGUGACUUGUGAUUUUAAGGGAAGAAGAAUAUGUGACUGAAAAACUGAGUACCGGUAUAAUUUGACUUGUCUGGAUAAAAAGAGCAAUCAAGGAGUAGAAGACAUUUAGCUAUGUUAUACAUGCAGACGAGCUGAGUUUUUCAUCUGACUUCUAACAAUAUUCAUAAAAAAACAUAUUUUAUUGCAGCGUAAAAACUUUAACACAUAACUAAUACUAAGAGGGGAAAAAACAAAACAGCCCUUUCUUUCCCAACAGAACAAUACAUAUUUAAUUGGUAUUUAUUUAUACCUUGUUCAUUAAUUAAUUUUUACAUGGUGGAAUUGUCUCAAAUGGAGAUUCAGUUUCUUUCGACCAAUUUAAU